ACCUCUCGCCCAAUAAUAUCGUUCUCAUGCUAGUACGGCAGGGCGCAUCACACGCUCUUCACCAAUCAUGCGUUAUUGUUGUGUCUCGUCUCUUCAAGGGUACUCGAGUUCGUGCUUCCCCAUCGCCGACGUGUUCGGGCUAACAAAACUGUCAAUAGAGUUCUCCGUUCUCCAUCCCAGCCAAUCGAGUACGAGAGGAGCAUGGCGCCGACGCGUCGCGACACGAUCACGUCCAGCCUCGCCUGCAUCGUACCGCACAGAGCUUCGUGACUUGGCCGCCGCGAGUCGUCGAGUCACGACCUGCAUUGAGGAGGAGCUCGACUUGGAGCGGCCGGCCAGCAUUCACAGCUGACUCUGGGUCGCGGGGUGGCCCAUGCCGCUGCGUCCGCUCCACUACCAGCUCGUGCCCGGUCGGGAGAUCUUCGUCACGGAGCGUAUGGACCUGGAUCUCGUCUGGCCAAUGGGCAGAUGUUCCUCAAGCCCUUCUUACGCUUUCUGCCCUAGCCUCGCUUUGGACCUGAUAUUGCCCGCGCGAAGUGGCGUGCGGCAGCACGGCUGGCGGCAGUGCACGGAUAAAAGUGCAGGGGAGGAGUUCGAGGCAUUUUGCGGGGCUUCCUUUUAUCCUACGCCGUGCGCACGAGAGUGACAUCCACAU